AAAUUAACGUCAAUAAUGAAAUUUUGCCAACUAACAAAGCAAAGUCACCACUCCUGAAUCUGUGGCCACCCAGAAUGAGAGUGGCCAAAACAACACAAAGUACAGCACAAUCUCACCACUCUUUCUAGAAAGCCAAUUCCUGACAUCCUCCUCUUAACCCUCAAACAUAUCAUAAAAAUUUUGAAAAUUGAAAAACCCCAUCACUUUGAAUCUUCAUUGAAUCCUGUCUCUCUCUUAUUCUUCUUGGUUUGGACCAUUUUCUUUAAACUAAAAUAAAAAUCAUCUCUUGAUUCUGAAGUUGCCAAAAACUUGCCUUUCAAGUGUGCUGUGUUCCUUAUAUUAGUGUAAUUAAUUUUGGGGUGGCAUAGAUCUUGGUUUGGACACAGUUUUGCUGAUCAGAAGUAAAGGAGAGCAAAUUGAACAAGUUCCAUUUAAAUCCUUGCAGGUGAAAUCUGAACUGAAGAUUGUUUUUUUCUGGGUUAGGUUCCAAUAUAGGUUACUUGUAAAGUGAUUGAAGAUUGACUUAUUGUGAAGUUUCCUCCACCUUUUGUGCCUUCAAAAAUUGUUUCUUUCUGUUGAGGGUAAUCAGAUCUGAGCCUAUUAUCUGAAGGUGGGUCCCAACUCUCCAAACCAAACCAUUGUCACUUUGUCAUAUCUUAUGUUACUUGUAUAGCUCCCAAAUCAAAAUCUUUGGCAUUGGGUGUGGAUUGAUACCGAUUUAGAAUAAGCAUCUCUGCUUGAAAACCAUGUUUUAUCCUGCAGAAAACAUGGACCCCUUUUUGGUUAAAUGCUAAGUGCUAACCAUGCUAUUCUUGGCUAAAAGGGUGGUUGUCCUCUGGCUGAACCAUUGUACUUCUUAUUGUGUUUCUCUUAUCUUCUAAAUUUUGUGGGGUUCUUGCUGCCUUGGGUUUCAACUUUCUACUCAUCUUCAGGAGCUGAACACAGACUGAGAUCUUGGUUCUUGCCCUUGAAGUGAAAGGGUUCCAAAAUUUGAUUUUGAUUUAGCUGUGCUACAAGAGUAUGAGGAAAAAUGCUGGUUCUCAUUCAGGAAGGAUGUUUAGUGACAGGAAGUGGAUUAUCCCCUUUUUUGCAAGUUUGCUGGUGUCUGUGAGUCUGGUUCUGACAGCUAUUGUUGGGGUGCUUAGUUCUACUGGUGGGGUAGAGCAGUCACCGUUUGAAAUCAUUUCGUUCAAGGGAUCGCAGGAUUCUGGUGGAUAUUUUGUGGAAUCAGAUAUAGAAAGGUCUUUUAAUGAUAGUGUGGUUGUGAAAAUGGAGGCACCUAGGUUUGCAUAUCUUAUUUCAGGCACCAAGGGUGAUAGUCUAAGGAUGAUGAGGACAUUACAGGCAGUGUACCACCCAAGGAAUCAAUACAUCUUGCAUUUAGAUCUUGAGGCGCCACCCCGGGAAAGGUUGGAAUUGGCAAAUGCAGUGAGAGCUGAUCCAAUAUUUCACGAAGUAGAGAAUGUGCGUGUUAUGUCUCAAUCCAAUUUAGUAACUUAUAAGGGUCCAACAAUGAUUGCAUGUACCCUCCAGGCUAUUGCAAUUUUAUUGAAGGAGAGUUCAGGGUGGGACUGGUUUAUAAAUCUCAGUGCCUCAGAUUAUCCUCUUGUGACACAGGAUGAUUUGCUUCAUGUUUUUUCGAAUCUAUCAAGAGAUCUCAAUUUCAUAGAACAUACACGCAUUGCUGGUUGGAAACUGAACCAAAGAGCAAGACCAAUCAUUGUUGAUCCUGCCCUUUAUUUAUCUAAGAAAUCUGAUUUAGCGUUGACUACUCAACGAAGAACACUUCCCACGACUUUUAAACUGUUCACUGGUUCAGCUUGGGUUGUGCUGACUCGAUCCUUUGUGGAGUACUGUAUAUGGGGAUGGGAUAACUUUCCAAGGACUAUGCUAAUGUAUUAUACGAAUUUUAUCUCCUCGCCAGAGGGAUAUUUUCACACUGUCAUUUGUAACACUGAAGAAUUCCGACAUACAGCAAUAGGUCAUGAUCUUCACUACAUUGCUUGGGACACUCCCCCAAAGCAACAUCCAAUCUCUUUAACUGCGAAGGACUUUGCCAAAAUGGUUAAAAGCAAUGCACCCUUUGCCCGCAAGUUUGCGAGGAAUGAUCCUGUGCUAGACAAGAUUGACAAAGAACUUUUGGGGCGCACGCAUAGAUUUUCACCUGGGGCAUGGUGUGUCGGGACCUCAGAUGGUGGUGCUGACCCUUGUUCUGUACGUGGCAAUGAUACCGUGUUUAGGCCAGGCCCUGGUGCUGAGAGGCUACAUGAGCUGAUUCAAGUGCUGUUAUCUAAAGAAUUUUUAAGCAAGCAGUGUUUGUGACAAAGGGGUACCUCCCGAGUAGGAUGAUGUCAACUGUACAUAAGGGUGGUUUUAGAUCAUAUAGAUUUGAUAUAAAAGGUCAGAAUUUUGUGUUCAAUAUAGGUUCAUAUUAAGAAGCAACAAGCACGCACAGCAGCAGUUUUGGUGCUUGUUUUGGUUUAGUUUAGUUACGCUUUUGGUUGCAAUUCCGGCCAACCAUUUAUGCAAUUACAACUUUUUUGCUGAGUUACAAAAGGAAAUUAAAUUUCACGGUGAACUUUUGACUGGGGUUAUCUAUUUUCUUAUGGAUAAAAUUUUUGGGAGGCGUUACUUAUUAUAGGCACUUGAUUCAAUUAAACCUUGAACACCUGUUAAGGGAUCAUGUUAGAAAUGCAUUUACAUAUGUCGAUUGUUAAAUGGAAUGUUGUCUGUGAUAAGCAUUAUAGGUAGCACAUAAGGAUUUCUUUCUUGAGGGAUGAUAAAGAUCUGUCAGCAGAGAUUGGUUGAUUUUAUUUUUCUGGAGACAAGUCCAUGAAUUAUCCUUUUUCUACAUCCAAUCUUUUGCUAGCACCUAGCAUAUUAACAAUUCCAGUUAUGAACUCUGUGGUUUGAUGCUGCCAUCUGGUUAGGUUCCAACAGCUUGCAAACUAUUUCAUUUGAAUAUUUGACGAGCAAGCACCAGUGUUUGCACCAUUGGCUGCUCCAAGAGUCAUGCAUGCAAUCCUUGUGCUGCUGUACAUCCGUGAACAUGAUUGGAAAGUUGUAGAGCGCAAUUUAAGGGACAUACCUUUAGUUCAAACUCGAGCAUAACAGGCACUUCACAUGAUAGGACAUUAGUCAUCAUGUAUAAUCCACCAUUGGAUGCACAUGGACCUAGGAUAGAGUACCCCAUUUUUGAAAUUUUUGCUCCUGUCAACUUUACUGCAUGUGCUUCAAACUUUAAAUUAUUAUGUUUCCCAUAAAUUUUUAUAUUACCAUG